AUGUCCCGUCUUGACCACCUUGUCCACGCUUUUUCUCCGUCUCGCAGACGGCAGAGACAGCAGGGGACUGAGCAGGAUCAACAGCAGGAUCAACAGCAGGAUCAACGGCAGGAAGAAGUAUCUGCACCCUUCCCCCUCAAUCGGGUCCCGCAGGACAUCGUGUACGAAAUCGCCAGAUGGCUGCCGAUAGCGUCGCGCCUCUGCCUGGCUCUCACCUGCAAAGGCUUCCUCACGGCCAUCGACUACUCGCGGGCCCUCCGCCGCUCGCACACCAUCCGCCUCAAUGAGACCAAUCUCAACCCCUACCUGACUGACAGCAACGGCUACUUCACCAGCGAGCGCGCCCAAUUCAUGUCGCUCCUGCACGAGGGCAUGGGCAACGACCACCCGCGCUGGCGCUGCUGCUUUGACUGUCUGAUGCUCCACCACCCGCGAGCUUUUCCUGCGCUCUUCCACUGGGGCAAAUACCACGAGCCCUUCCACCGUUGCGAAAAACCCGAAUUCUUCCACCGUUACGGAAAGCUCGAUCCCCCCCGCCGUCGCGAAAGACCCCGCGGCAGUCCCGUCAAGAGCAGCAACAACUACUGCGGCAAGGGCGUCGUCUCGCACGGCUAUGUCAUCAUCUGCCCGUGUCUGCGUCUCACCGUUCGAGACGUCGAAAUAUUAUCGCGCAAAGUUCGACGAGUGGACCCCCCGAUCCCGCGACCCUUACACUACCUCUUCACGCGGCGCGCCGUCGAAGUCCUCAUCCACACCUGCCACCACCAGUACACCAACAUCAACGUCAACAUCAGCGUCAGCGCCUCCUUCGCCGACACCGGCGACCCCGGCUCCCUGACUCUCCGCACCACAUACAGUCUCUCAGGCACCGGGAUCCUGGAAUCCGCCGAGCAGCUCCCGCUCCAACUCUGCCCCCAUCUCUCCAUCCCCCACUACAUUAACAGGAAGUACGGCCUCGGCGACGACAUCGCACCCCUCCACCGCGACCGACCCACCCUCCCCUGCACUACCUACACCUUCACCUGCUCAAGCUGCAGACUCGCCACCACCUACCCGGAACUCCUCUCCGUCUCGGACCCCAAAGCCCCCCACCGCAUCACUGAGCAUAUCACCUUCCAAACCGUCCGCCUCAUGAUCCUCGACAAUUCCUUCCCCAAGCCCCUCUACGCCCCCAGACUCUUCUUCCCCCGCCGUCUACACGGCCGCGCCGACAUCUUCGUCGGUGAGCCCCAUUACACCCUCUCGCAAGAUUAUCCUGUCCCCCCGUCUCCGGAUAAAGCUGGUCAACUACUGUACUCGAAGGAUCAUUUUUUCUGA